UAGAGGAGACGAGCGCAGAAGGCGAGACUGGACUGCGAAGGAGAGGAGCCUACGUAUGUCGUUAAAGCGCAAGUCACACUGUACAGAUAAAUAAAAGACCAACAGCGCGACCGAAUUUCAAUACGCUGAGCGAACGCACACCGCGGCUGAAAGCCUUUAACCAAGGACGUCUGUUCUGCACUUUUGAGAUCCAGCGAAAGGGACUGAGCCAUUGGAAAUACAAUCUGAAAACUCCAUUAGCCUCCCGCUAAAUUAAAACGCUGCCCUUAGUGGAAGAAGCACUCCGGAACACUUGAACUCUGGCGGUGCAAUAAACAAAACGGGAGGCGUAAAAAACUGAUCACCCUCUACCUCUCCUCAUUGACGCUUGGUUUGCAGAGCAGCAUCUGGGCAGCGAUUUUCUUUACAUUCCGCUAAGGUUACCCAUUUAACAUCCGUGCAAGAAAAAAGGUUUCAACCAUUGCUUUUCAGCGACGCAAAACAGUCUGUGCAGAUACCAUGGUAAACCCAGGUAGCAGUUCCCAGCCACCCCCGGUUGGUUCCGGAACUAUGUCUUGGAAGAGAUGUGCUGGUUGUGGGGGCAAGAUCGCAGAUCGUUUUCUUCUCUAUGCCAUGGACAGCUACUGGCACAGUCGGUGUCUGAAAUGUUCCUGUUGCCAGGCUCAACUGGGAGAGAUCGGCACAUCAUGCUACACCAAAAGUGGCAUGAUACUUUGCAGAAAUGACUAUAUCAGAUUAUUUGGAAACAGUGGAGCUUGCAGCGCAUGUGGACAGUCCAUUCCGGCUAGUGAACUGGUUAUGAGGGCGCAAGGAAAUGUCUACCAUCUCAAGUGUUUCACAUGUUCUACCUGCCGGAAUCGGCUGGUCCCAGGAGACAGGUUUCACUACAUCAAUGGCAGUUUGUUCUGCGAACAUGACAGGCCCACAGCUCUCAUUAACGGCCAUUUGAAUUCACUUCAGACUAACCCUCUCCUGCCAGACCAGAAGGUCUGCUAAAAGGAGUUGAAUGGUGUGCAACAGGAGCAAGGAUGUGUGCCUUCAUCUCAGACCUUGCCCACUAUUACUGGUGGGCCUUCAUGAUGGUUCUGCAGCGAGUCACCUUUCUGGUUGGUGUUUAGUGCCAGCUCCAACACCCUACACCAUUGUACUUCUUGUUUUUACUCUUGACUGUCCCUUUUUUCUCUCAAAGUUAUUCCUUUGCUCAUGUGACUGAGGGGGGGAAAUCUUAAGGACUUCGUAAUUCUGGGCUAAUGGAAGACUGUACAGCAAGCAAGGGGGGUAAAAAGGACAUCCCAAGGAAAAAUGACAAAUGAAGCUUAUUAAGAACACCUUUUUAAAUCUGCAUUAUACUUCCAUUAACAAUUAGCGGGGCAAUGACCGCGAUUUCUACUUUGUGUUUCACCUUCUUUACAACCUUCUAUUUGCUCUUUAAAUAUCUAAGUGUUGUAAAGGAAAUGUGUUUCAGUUGGGGGAAAAAAGCAAAAAAGACAAUGGAAUGAGACAGUCCGAUGCUUUUGUGGAAGUCUAUCAUUGGGGGAAAAACAACUUUUAGUGUAUCUCUGUAAAAUACCAUGUAUGUAUGUAUGCAUGUUAGUGUUUUUGUCCCAAAUGUUGCUGCCCUCAACUUUCCAUCUUUACACCCACUCCACUAUUCCACUGAAAAUAAUUGAAGCGACUAGUGAAUAAUGUAGAGAUUUUCACCAACCUUUAAAUGCUGAAUGAAAAAUAAAUCUAUUUGUGAUAUUUUCAGAGACAUUUGCUCUAGUAUGGUGUAUUUAAAUAAUAAAAAAUAAGAGAAAUAUA